GCUGCUUUCUGGAUUUCAUUGCGCUGUGGGUACGCUGCCCGCCCUGGGCUCUGUAGGGCUGCCAGGAGCUGCGGGGUGGGCAGUGCUCGCCCCGUGCCUGCAGCUUCCCCGGGGGCGGCGGGCACAGCUACGCUGACAGCGGCUGGAGGAGCCUCGGCAGCCACAGAGCAUCCGUCCUGCGCGGCUCCGGCAGCCCUACAUGCCGCCGGGUGAGCGGGGCCGAACGGCGAGGGGGAGAGGGGGAGGCAGCCGGCGGCCAAGCCAACACGACCCGACCCGACCCAUCCCGACCCAACGCCGUGUGUGUGUUGCAGGUGGCCCCCCCGGGCUGGGGACGGCCGCGGGCCCCCCGAGGAGCUGUGCCCUGGUGCUGGUGCUGGUGGCGGUGCUGGGAGCCCGGCCCGAGGCGGCGAGGAGCGUCCCCAGGCAGCGGCGACACGAGCACAGCCCGAGUCCUGGCAGCUCGUGGUGGGAUGUGGAGCACGAAGGACUGCUGCACAGCCAAAGCACCCUGCCUGGGGCUGUGGGACCGAGCAGGCCCAGCCCCCUCCUCCAUCCCAAUGCCGGCAGAAGUUCCCUAAGUCAGAACCUGGGCCAGAAGUCGCAAGAGAAGCAGUUGUCCUGUGACGUGCUCCUCAAACUUUCCAGAUAUAUUUUAAUGGAUACCUUCAGACCUGGCUUGGCCUGGAACCUCUUUCGGUUGUACAACUGUGACCGAGAAGCCAAGCUACCCAAAAUGCAUGUCGGUCCCCUCAAGAUGGCGCGGCACAAGCUGAGGCCUUCCUUGCUGCACAGGAUGCUCCGGCUGCUGGGGAACAUGGGCAUGCUCUCUGAGGGCCAGCAGCACAAGGUCUUUGCUCUGCUCAAGGAGCACAUGCUGCAAGCAAGGAAGAUGUCACCAAAGCCCAAAGAGGAGCACAGUGGUAGGUACCCCUAGAGAUGUGUUUUGAUCCUGUGUUGCACUGAUGAGUGAGGCGAGGCUGCACUGGUUUGCAGGCCCCAGUGCUUGGCUGAGUCAUGGCCCAGGUUAAUGGGUUGCUCAGAGAGGUGGUGGGUGCCUGGUCCCUGCAGAUAAUCCAGGUCAGUCUGGACGGGCUCUGAGCACCUGAUCAGCUGUAGGUGUUCCUGUUCAGUGCAGGAGAGUCAGACCAGAUGGCCUUAAGGGUCCCUUUACCAACUCAAAUGAUUCUGAUUCUAUGGCCGGGGCUGGUGCUUUGAUGGUGAGGUGCUUGGAGGGCAGUGUGCCAUGGGUCGGUUGUGAGCUGUGUCUGUGCUGUCCGUGAAUGCUGUGGUAACAUCCCCAGCCCGGUGCGGCUGCCAGGCCCACAGCAGCCUGAGAGCAUCCCCAGUGUGCACACUGGGAGUGUACUGCUCCCAGCUCCUGGGGCACAGCUGGGCUAGCACUUCCUGCUCCCACGGGGAGGUGAAGGAGUAAAAGGAUCUGGGGGUGCUGGUUUACAGAUGGCUGAACGUGAGCCAGCAGUGAGCCCAGGUGGUCAAGAAGGCCAGUGGUAUCCUGGCUUGUAUCAGAAAUAGCAGGAGCUGGGAGCAGUGUCUGGAGAACAAGUCUUAUGGGCAGUGGCUGAGGGAACAGGGAUGGUUCAGUCUGGAGAAGGCUCAGGGGAAACCUUAUCGCUCUCUACACUCCUGGAGGGAGGUCGUGGUGAGGAGGGGGUCAGCCUCUGCUCCCAGGUAACAGUGAUAGGAUGAGAGGGAAAGGCCUCAAGCUGCUCCAGAAGAAGUUCAGGUUGGGUAUGAGGAAAGAUUGCUUCUCCAAAAGAGCGGUGAUGCACUGGCACAGGCUGCCCAGGGAGGUGGUGGGGUCACUGUUCCUGGAAGCGCUCAAGAACCGUGGGGAUGUGGCGCUGAUUAACGAUUCUCUGAAGUGCCCUGCUGGGAACUGAGGGCUGCCUGUGGAAAUACGUUUGGAAAACACAAAACUGGGGCAGAAAAAAAAAAAUUCAAAAACAAACAAACAAACAAAAAAAAAACAACCCACAGAGGAUGGCAGAUGUGCAACGGGGAAGAGGCACGGGGAAAAGCAUACUGAAGCAACGUUGCUAAUUUAAUGAGGGGGGCUGCAGGAGGCGCCUGAGUCACGGGGGCUGAGGGCGGCGGGGCUGCGCGGCGCCACGGGGCUGGAGGACGGCGCGGCAGUGAGGGCUGUGCAAGGGCGCCCCCUGCCGGCCGGCAGCGGAGCAGCGCGGGGCCCGGCAGCGCUCGGGUGGCGGAGGGGGGAACGUGGGAGCGGGCGUUGCCGAGGGGACGCUGACUCCGCUUCUCCUUCCUUUCCCCGGGUGGCAGUAAGGAAACAGGAUAGCGGUCAGCCAGGGAGUGUGCCCGGGAAACGCGCUUUCAGGAGCCACCCUGUGGGAUCGGAUUUUUUUUUUUUUUUCCCCCUUUUUCAAGGAAGAUCUACGGCAGCGGUAGGCUGUCGUGGUGUCCCACUGCAGGAAAAAGGAAAGGGUUGUAGCUCACAAGCAGCAACGUGCAGAGUGCAUGUGCUUUCCUGGAAAAGAAGCGGCACUCGUCAAAGAAACGGGAUGGUCCAUCCACGAUCUGCUCUGUAAUUCCCCUCCUCAGCCAGUGAAAGCUUGAUGUGAGAGAGGACAGUUCACCUCCAAGGAGAAUUCUUUCCCUAGAAAAGGGCUCUCAGCAGUUUAUGUCUGUGGGUGUUGAGGCUGCAGGGAAAAUGGCUGUGAAUGAUUCAAGCCCUGUCCAAAUUUGGUGUUCUUUUUCCAAAAAAAGACCCAUAGGAACCCGAGUCACCUUUGGCUGUGCUAAUAGUGUCAUAGGGCUCGCAUGAAGCUGAGUACUGACCGAAGUCUGCAUGGCAUUUAUUUCUGUUAUCACCAGGUUGGUUGGGUUAAUCACAGCCAUGUUUUAUUAGGUUGUAAGACAUUCCAUGGAAUCUUGAGCAGAGUAAAUAUUUCAAAUGCAAAUCUGUGAGCCUCCAAGGGACCCGAGAAGCGUAAAGUAAAGGUUUGGGUUCCCUUCUGCCUCCAAUUCUCCACUCCUAGAACCACAGGGUUCAGAGAAAUUGGAGACGACGCGCUCCUGUUUGCUGCGUCCCGCCUGCAGCUCCCACCAGCAGGUCACUCUGUCUGCCAAAACCACGAACCCAGGCUGCUGCACCUCACGUCUGUACAUGUCGCGUUCAGAUAAGAACGAGGCACAGCUGACUAAUGCUGCUUUCUUUUUGGAAGGAAAAUGCCAAAAGCUGUUGGAGACAGGAAUAGAAGUGCCAGCGCUGCACGAUCAGUGAACGGCCGGCAGCAGAGGUGGCAGCUCGAGCCUUUCCCAGCGUGUUCCUCCAGGCUGGGAGCUGUGUUCACACCCACUAACACCCAGCGUCCAGAGCAGGGUGUAAGGGAGCGGGUUGUGCCUUCAGCUUCCAGCCUGUUCUGUUCUGCUCGCUCUUACUGACGCACCUAUAGCCUCUCUGUGCCCUCCGUCAGAAGAAAUCCUCUGCUGGAAUAGAUUUCAGUGGUGACAGAUUGAAGCAGUUUGACCAGAUGAUGGCACACAGCUGUCGCUGAGACCGGUGGCACCUGUGGCUUCACAGUGCCUUGGCUGUGAGCGGGAGUGCUGCUGCCUUCUGGCUUGGCCUCGCUGCUGGGAGUUGGGAUGCGGAGCAGGGUUUAGGGAUGGGAAGGAGUGAGUGCAGUAAGCGGUGUCGCCAGGAAGCUCUGUUUUGCCGUGUUUUACAGCCUAGGGAGAAGGUGAUUGGGGAAAAGGUGAUAUUCUGGUUUAUGGGAAAUAAAAGCGGUGGUGGCGGUGCCAUGUGCACUGGAGGCUGGGCAGGUGCCUGGAAGAACGAGGACUGUGGUCCAUGCCGGAGGGGUAAAUGCAUGUGGAUUUCUUUGGGGCACCUUCUAAAGGGGAAGGCUUUGUUUCUGUCACUGCGGGCUGUGCGUUCAGGUUGGCCAGGUGACGUGUGAUGAGGGGACAGACGCCUCUCUGCUCACCCGCUGUCAUGUUUGGGUUCUGAUAUACCCCAUAGAAAUGCUGCAGGACAAGGCACCCCAUGGGAGCACACCCUGUGCCUGGGGAUCCAAAGCGAGCCUCGAACCCCACCGUGGACCUGGGGCUUCUGAGACCCCAUGGUAUCCCCCCGGGAU